CUAGCGAGUUAGCUGCAGACUCAACUCCGUCUGAGAGGCAGUAACGUAAGAGAAGCGGAGCGGAUGAGGCUCAGGAUUCACAAUAAAAUGUGUCGGAGCCGGGCCUUAGUCACCAGCUGGGUUGUGCUCCUGGUCCAGCUGAUGUGUAUGGAGGCAGUACCCAUCAGUAUGGACAAGACAAAAGUCAAAGAGCCGGAAAAAGUUGAAACACCUCCGGCUAGUGUGGACACUGGACUGCACUAUGACCGCUACCUCAGGGAAGUCAUUGAUUUUCUGGAGAAAGAUCAGCAUUUCAGAGAAAAACUACACAAUACAGAUAUGGAAGACAUUAAGCAAGGUAAACUGGCCAAAGAGUUGGACUUUGUCAGCCAUCAUGUCAGAACAAAACUGGACGAAUUGAAGAGGCAGGAGGUAAACCGACUGCGGACCCUGAUUAAAGCUAAGCAAGACCUUGAGGGAGGGAAUGACAUAGCAGUGGACCACCAGGCACUCCUGAAGCAGUUUGAGUAUCUGAACCACAUGAACCCACAUACAUUUGAAGUGGAAGACCUGGAUCGGCUCAUCAAAUCGGCCACUAAAGAUCUGGAGAACUAUGACAAAGAGAGACACGAGGAGUUCAAGAGGUAUGAGAUGAUGAAAGAGCACGACAGACGAGAACACCUGAAGACGUUGGGUGAGGAGGAGAGGAAGAGAGAGGAGGAGCAUUAUGAGGAGAUGAGGAAGAAGCACGCCGACCACCCUAAAGUCAACCACCCAGGCAGUCAGAACCAACUGAAAGAAGUGUGGGAGGAAGCUGAUGGCUUAGAUCCAGAGGAUUUUGACCCUAAGACGUUUUUCAACAUUCAUGAUACUAAUGGAGAUGGCUUUUUUGAUGAGCAGGAGCUGGAGGCAUUGUUCACCAAAGAGCUGGAAAAAAUUUAUGACCCGUCCAAUGAAGAGGAUGAUAUGGUGGAGAUGGAGGAAGAGAGGUUACGCAUGAGAGAGCAUGUUAUGAACGAGGUGGAUUCUAAUAAAGACCGCCUUGUUUCUUUAGAUGAGUUCCUGAUCGCUACCAAGAAAAAAGAAUUUUUGGAGCCAGAUAGCUGGGAGACCCUGGAGCAGAACCAGGCUUAUACAGAUGAGGAGAUGCGGGAGUUUGAGGAACAUCUUGCCCAACAAGAGCAGGACCUUAACCAGAAAGCUGUAGACCUCCAAAAACAGAGAGAUGAGCUGGAGAGACAACAGGAGCAGCUUAAUGAACAGAAAAAGGAGCUGCAACAGGCAGUGGAGCAUAUGGAACGGUUGAAAUCUCAAAAAGUAGAGCCCCCUCCGGAGGUUCACAUUGAAGGAAAUGCUAUUCCACAAAUGCAUGCAGUCGAUGACCAGUUACAUUUUAACCAAGAGGCCCAGGGACAGAGGCCUGCAGCUCACGUUCCUCCAGAAUCACCUCAGGAACACCAGGAGGAACAAAAACAAGACUUGGCCCAGCAUGGUGUCCCCCAGACACACCAGGAUUUGCCACCAGGUCACCAACAAGCUCCACAAGACCAGAAUAAUGUGCUAUAACAUAGUUGUUGAAACUCUAGCCUCCACAACCAGACACUUGCUGCACUUCCACUCCAGUGUGCAAGAGGAACAGUCCCUCCAGAGUAUUAGGCCUCUUCAACCAGCAUGACUUCAGAGUUUGGAGGACACUUGAGGCAAAGAGGAGCAGCACAAAAAAAAAGAUAUCCCUGUUGAAUUUUUCCCAUAUUUGAUAAUAGCUGUAAUCACUGGAUUACAAAAUGAAACUGCAAAACUAAAUUGACUAAUGGAGGACAUACAUUUUACAAUGUGCAUUGUUACAUUUCUAAGAGGUUAUACUGAAUCACUGUACAUUAGAAAUCAUCACAAACAUUUGGUUAAUACUGUCAUAACAAUUAUAAUUUGUUGAAGGUUCCCGUUGUUUGUGUUGAGUCUGAAGAAUGUAUUUAAUCCUAGCUCUGGUUAGAUACAGGCAGGUGACAAAUUAAAGGAAGAACCAAUACAGAACCAAAAACCACAUGCCACCAGAACCACUUCAUUCAGCUUUUCACAGAUCAGACACCAUUCUUACAAAAGACCUUCCCUCAUGUGGUGUUUUGAUGAUGAUGAUGAUGGUAGAGCUUUAGUUCUGUCUGAAAAUCUCCUAUUGGGUUAAGAUCUGGUGACUGUGAAGACAUCGUUUUCAUCAUCAUCCUGGAAGAAACCACUCCCAUCAGGUUUGCCUUUUAUUUGUCAUCUGUCUGUAAACACGGCGCAGCUGUUGAAGGUGGAAGAAGACAGGAGUUUUUAGUCCAGUUUUUGCUUUUGAUACACAUCACGAUGAGCAUGCAGUUUGACAAAAAUUAGGGCAUUUGACUAAGUUUUGUCUUCUGGACAGCAUAACACAUACAAGACAUUAGGUUUGAGAGGCAUUUGUAUAAUUUCAUCAUUGUGCUAAAGAGCUUAAUAGCAAUCAAGAGCAUAUAUUUUCUUUCCAAUAUUUCAGCUGCUGUCACCGAUCUUACUCUUGGGUCCUUCACUUGGAUCAUUACAAAUGUGCUGCUUUCUUAAUGUUUAUUCUGGUUGCUGCCACAACCAUCAGCUGUUUAUGUACCAUAAAACAACUUCCUGUUGUUUUGUCAGAGGAUGAUUUUUUGCUGAAGACAUUAUCAUAUAUGAAAAUGGUAAAAGCACAGGUGUAAUUAAUAAAACAGAUACAUUUUUCUUUAGUUAGAUGGUGUUGAUAUUGUGGAUUUUGGCUUAUUGUCACGGUUUCCUUGGUGUUUUAGUAGAGCAGAGUUGCUGAUGUUUUAUUAGUUAUAUCUGUGCUUUUUAUUAUGACGUAUUAAAAUGUUCCCAGUGAAAACAAAGCCACCUGACUGCAGAUUUUCUAAACUGGACAUUUGGGUCCACAUUACAGCUCCUCUGCAGUGACUCAUGUUAAAGACACCAAAUGUUCUUUAGAGACUAAACUUUAAAAUCAUCCUUUAAACCACAAACACGUCACAGUGUUGUAAUAUAGAUAAAGCCCUAGUCCUGCAGACACUGAAAUGGUUGGAGGAGGUUACCAUAUGUUUUGCAGCAUCCCUCUGCAAAUCACAUCAGACUGGACGGGGAUGUUGAACCAGUGGAAUAAAUACUUGUAGGGGCAUUUGAAUUUUUGGUCAAUUUUUCAUGCACAAACGUGUGUGACAUUUAUUUAUGAGUUGAUCACAAUUGAUCAUGAUUUUUGAUUUUAAUAAAACACUCUGAAUGGCAAGAAGCUCAUUUGAUCAGUUUUGCCAAGACUUAAUUUCCGUUGAAUUGGGUUUUUUUGAAGGUAAAUUAUGGAUUUGUUUUUAAUGUGGUGAGUUAUUAUUGAAAGAGUCGGUCAGGAAAAAGGGAUGACUGAGUUUGAUGUUAACAUCAUCUAAAUAUGUGUGAUAUGAAUACAUUUGAAUUUAGUUUCUUUACAUUCAGUUGAUCUAGUCACUUGAAAUAUAUUACAAAGGUCCUUAUUACUUCAUAGCAUGGCCUAUUUUCCCAUCUUUUAUGCUUUGGUGUGACUGCCAUUUUGUCCGUUUCAUGUAAUGUGGUUUCUUGAAGCUGGCAGACUCAGGCCAUGGUACACAGUUAACCUUCUGCCAUUUUUCACUUACAAAGGUUUCAUUUGCAUCCUGUGAGGUAACAGGUCUGCCUUGCUGUGGUUUUUCUGGUUUUUCUUCAUACCAGAUUCUGACAGAAUACAAACUGUUUCUUUUCAGCUGUGUCAUAGGUUCUCUGUGUGCCAAGUGUUCCUCUGAGAAUAUAAUGCAUCAUAAUUUGCACAAAACGUAAUGGUGGUGUUUUCUGAUCGCUUGCUGCUGGAUUAAAUACAUGUCAUUUGACAGUAUUGGACACCUCAGUUCAAGAUAAUAAACGAGUUAAGACCUUUCA